AUGAACUACCUUCCUCCGACUGUUGAAGACGCCAAGAAGAUGACCUCGGACCCCGAUAUUGUCGAGGCCACUGACUAUUACAAGACAGGCCGGGGCCAGGCUCCAUGCGGUGCUACCAGCGGUCUUUUCUUUGUCGGCAGCGUUCCUGAUGGCUUUGGUACCUUCCGUGAUGCUCACGAAAUUCACGCCCGCGCCGGUUCGAAGGAGAAGCACCUUGUCGAGCUGCCCGGUGUGACGCAUUACAAGCUUUAUGAUGAAUCUAAGGCUGUCAAGGCUGCUCUUGAUGAAGUCUUGCCCUUCCUUAAGAAGCACUUCAACGAGGUCCAAUAG